UGGCCAGCUCCCCUCUCCCCUCACACCAAGGCCGACCAAGUCGAACUCCUCUGGCUCUCCCCUCUCUGUCGGCCGUGGAGAUGCAAGAGGUCGCGGAGAAGAGGAUGAAGGUGAAGAAGGGAUGGCUAACGGUGAAAGUGGGAAACCUUGACGGAGGUGAUGGCUAUCAGAGCUUCACCAUCCCCAUCUCCUACCUCUACCACCCUCUCUUCUCGAGGCUCCUCGAGUCGGCCGGCGAGGUCUACGGUUUCCGUUCCUCCGGGCCACUCAAGCUGCCAUGCUCCGUCGAUGAUUUCCUCAGACUCCGGUGGUUCAUCGAGAGGGAGUUGCACCACCAAUCCCACACGCUCCGCAUCCACAACUUCCCCUUGCUCUCUUGCUGAUUAAUCACUACUGAAAGUUGACAAUUGAAUGAACUAAUUAAAGAGGAACACAACACUUAUAACUAAUCAAAAAAUAAUGUAUUGGAUAUUUCUUGGUAAUAUUAGGAACUAUAUGUAUUAUAUUCAUCUCUUCCACACAUGAUUUUAGAAUUGCAAUCAGCAAAUCUCCGUAGUGAACAUUAGAGUUUCACCUCUUUCAUUGUAAGCUAAUGGGCAUUUAUGUUAUGUUUGAUUAAUUGAUAAGGAAUUAAUGUCCUGUUUCUAUUGUUAUUUU